AGCGGCGCCUCGCUGGCCGGCCUCAUAGCGGAAGUAGGGGCUGCGCGCCCGGAAGUGGUGCCGCUGAGGAGGCGAGCGGAAGUGUCGCCAUGAAGCCGGCGGUGGAUGAGAUGUUCCCCGAGGGAGCUGGUCCUUACGUGGAUCUUGAUGAGGCAGGGGGAAGCACGGGGCUGCUGAUGGACCUGGCCGCCAACGAGAAAGCGGUGCACGCCGACUUCUUUAACGAUUUUGAAGAUCUCUUUGAUGAUGAUGACAUCCAGUGAACUUAGUUGUCCAGCUAUGCAGUGCUGAGAUGUGGAUUUUUCUCUAGGAUCGCCUGUGGUGCCCAUUAUUUAUUAAAAUAAUGAAAACAGGAAAAUCAUGGGGGGUGGGGGGGUGGAAACUGAAUAAGCUGCUUGGGGAAUAUGAAAACCAGAUGGUUAAAUAUAACUAAGGAGGGAAUUGUGAACUGUUAUUUCUAGGAAGCUGUGUGUAGAUUUUUCUUAAAAUUUUACUUGCUGAUGUGCUUAUCCAAUAAAAUAAAUUAAAAAAAAAAAA